AUGGAGUCUUUAAAAGUUGUCUGGCAUGAUCCAAAUAUUUUCAACGAAGAAAACACAAGAUAUGUGUCUCGGUAUCUUUCAGGUAUUGAUAAUAGACUAUUUGAAACGGUUGAAGAAGCAGCAAAAUUUUUAGCCAACUCUCAAAACAAAUGAAUUCUUGUAACAUCAGGUCGAAAUGGCAAAGAGCUUGUCCAGAAAGUCCAUGAUUAUUCCUGUAUAGUUGAAAUCCUGGUUUUUUGUGGCAAUCCUAACCUCCUUUAAGACAUAAAAUUGUGAUGUUAAUGGAAGUUGGUCUCCGAGGGCACUACCUAUGGAGCAGGUGGGACCCGCCAUGAUGAAGCUGAAAAAAGGGCCUUUGCUCCUUUUAAAGUAGGUCUUCAGGUUUGGGGAUGCCUUGUUGAAGAGGGAAGUUUAGUUUUCUCCUAAUAUUUUAAAUGUAUUUGAUGAUAAUAUAACUUGAUUUUAUAAAUGAUUGCAAUUAUAUAGCUUUUUGAUCGAAUCAUAGUAAUUUAUUAUUUCUAGUACUAUUAUAAUAAUACGAUAUGUUUUGAGUAUUAAAUCCUUUUUCUCAAUUUUAUCGGCAAUUUAUUCCUCUAUAAUCACUGAAAUAUGCUAUAGACUUGAUAAAAUUAUACAUAUUGGCAGCAAUGAAAUAUAGAUAUAGGUCUUUUUAAAAUAUCAUUUUCUGUAAAUAUACUAGUACAUUUAUUGCAUUUUCAUAUAAUAUCAUACUGCAAUUAAAUUGUUAUUUCAAAAACCUAGAAAAUUUACUUUGAUAGAGUCAGGCUGCCAGACAGAGCAAGUAGAGUCAGAUUACCAGGCUACUAGGUAGAGCCCGACUGCUAGAUUGCUAGGUAGAGCCAGAGUGCCAUAUAGAGUGACUACAGUAGGGCAAUGCAGACCUAGCCAGUUUUGACAAGCCCACUUAUGGACAAUUUAAUUUUUUAAUUUUAAGUAACCUCCAUCAGCAAUGGGCGACUGCUUUUCCAAAAAUAAAAUCCCUUAUAAGCUCUUGCUUUGCAGAUGUUGUUAAGCGAGCAGUAAGAGAUUGAAAUCAAAUAGAGUCUAGUGUAGGAAUUAAAAUAAAGCCUCCUGAACUAGCAGUCUCUAUAAAAAUUGAUCCAGCAUUGAAGUUGGCUUUUUCCUCUAUCAACCAACUUGAUAUUAAUUUCUAUUGGCUUUUAAAGCCAAAUCUUCAAAAUCAAGAAAUAAAAAGAGAGGAUCUAUUAAACGAAUUUCAAGCUUUAAGCCCACAGCAGAAUGAUUUCCAACAAAUUUCCAGUAUUUUCGAAAAAAAUCAAGAUAAUUUACUUACUAUUUAAACAAAGUCAUUUUUAUUGAUAGAAAAAUUUUUAUUUUAAAUUUUUGCUCUCAUUAUUAAUUAUAGUUGCAAAUAUAAAUAGAAUAAAAUAACUUUGUUUGUUCAUUGAGAGGAAAGCUAAGGCUACAGUUUUAGGUUAUAUGCAAAGUCCAUUUUUUGAGCACAUUAAUGACUGUCUUUAUAGAAAUUAUUAUCACAGAAUAAGCAAUAUCACAAAUGGAUGCCUCUAUUUUCUAAAAUUAAAGCCAGAGUUAAUGACUCAGCAAGCUUGCAUUCUAUAUAGAGAAGCUUAUAUUCCGCCUAGCAGUUUAUUAAAUUACUCUCAAGGUCAAACAGGUUAUUGGAGCAGCUUUUCCUUCGCAUCACUGAAAAGAUAUGAAGGACACUUAGGAAAUGCUCUUUUUGAAAUCCAUUUUCCACAAUAUUUGCCUCACCCUCACAUACAUCUUAAAAGCUUAAUCCCUGACUAUGAAAAUGCAAAUGAAAUUUUAUUGCUGCCUUAUUUUCCUUUUAUCAUACUUUCAAUUGAAGAAAAAAAGAAAUAUACAAAAAUCAUUGUCCGCCAAGACGAAUCUCGUCCAUCACUAUCAAUUAAUAAUGAUCUAAUAAAUGAGUAUUGGAAAAAUUGGGUUUGGGCAGAAAUCCAAGAGCCAUUUACUAAAAUUUGUAAAAAACUCAGGGAAGAGGAUAUACAGUCUAUUAAUUUACCAAAAUAUUUUAUGUCAAAUUCCAAUGAUGGUGAGUCGCCUUUUCUAAAAGAUUUUAAAAUUAUUGUGCACCGUUGUUAUCAUAAAAACAAAGAGGCCAUUUUUGAUAAUUUUAAAAAUGACAGUAGCAGCUGAAUAAAUAGCCCAUUAGUCAUCUAUUGAAAUACUAUGAGAAAUGAUAUAGAGGUUUCCUCUAUAUAGCGCUAAAAGCGCAGACAUUUUCCCAGGAGCUUUCCAAGUUCGUCGGACCAAAUCGCUUUUUGGUCCGACCAAGGCAUUGAUUUGGUGCAACCUACCGAUAAAUUCCGAUCAGAAUUUAUCGGCCUUACAGCGCCAAACAUAGGAAACUUCUAUAUCAGAAAUUCUUUGAUUUUUAGCAUGAAAUCGUGAUUUGAAAAGCCUUUGAAAAUUUUUGAUGAUUUUAAUCAAAAAAAUACAGGGAAAGUCAUUAAUUAUGAAGCAAUACCAAAAAUCAGUGUUCCUAUAACGAUUUUAACAAGCUUGGUAUCACUGAUUUUUUGCUAUGCAGAGACUCAGGAUUAUUCAGGGCCAGUAGAAAUACCUGCUGGAGUGCCAUUGGAAAGUAAAGUUUUGGAGGAUUUGAAACGCAUUAUUGAUGUAUUUGGAAAAGAUAUUAGAUCUGGAGCAGUUGCGUAUGGGGCAGAUGUGGUUAAUACAGCAGACCAAAUUAAGAAUGAGUUGCAUGCUCAACUUAAUAGCUUGCAGCAAAAUGUUAACUAUGCUAUAGAAAAUUUCCUAGCUUAUUAA